AUGCAACGGAGUCAAAGUUACUCCUACCCUCAGGCCAUGGCCGGACACUCCAGAUAUGCUUCCACACACGCCAGCAGCUCUGCCUUCAGCGCGUCUGCAAACCCCAACGAGGACUGGACCAAGAUCUCCGAUCUAGCAGAGAGAAGGAGAAUACAGAACCGGAUCGCUCAGCGAAACUACCGUAAGAAGCUCAAGAGAAGACUUGAAGAUUUGGAACGUCGCGCCGGAUCUUCCUCUGCUUCUCCAGAACAGUCUCACUCAGAACUGGCCACCCCUGUGACCAAGGAAACCUCCCCAAAGCAGCCUCAGAACAUGGCCCGUCAACCUUCAAGAUCCAGCAUUUCCCGCGACGUUCAGCGAGCAUCGCCUGAGAUCUUGCCUUUAGACGACCAUUCCUCGCUGUUUGAUGCCCCAGCUACACGACAUCUCUCCAUCAACUCACCCCCAGCAUUCACAUUCUCGACAUAUCCACCUACGACAGCAUAUCUCCAGUACGAACACCAACAGCAGGCGGCUUACGACAGCACGCCUAGCUACUACUCAAGCUACCCAUACCCUGUGGAUGUCGCAUCUUCAAGUCUGCCUCCAACACUCCCAGCCAUGCUCCCUUCCACCUACGGGAAACAAGACCAUCUCUUUGGGGAUGACGACCUGUUGAGCCCUUUCAGCAUGAACUACGCCUCUCUGGCUGGCCUUGAAAUGCCCUCCAAUCAAGCAUACACGGGGGCUAAUUCUCAUACACCACCGCUCACAGAUCCAUACUCAGUGGACUCGGCACACAACUCGCCCAACUACUUUGAUGUGCCGCUGACGCCGGUGUCCCGAACGGCGAGCCCCAACAUCCACCUAUUCGACAUCAGCUGCAGUUGA